AUUUCCAUAUGUUCUUCAUCUGUUCUUAAAGUCCGGCAGAAAGCUCAGUUUGGUUUCUACACUUGCAUCCCUUUGAAGCAUUUAGGGUUUUAGGAUUUCUUAGCCAAAGAAUACUGGAAUUUCGUUUCUAUUAUUGUUCUUGGUGCUGGCGUUGACACUGCGGUAGUAUUAUUUUGCUUCACGAUUACCUACCCUUUACUAGUUUCCCCUCUGAAGGAUCAAAAGGCACCUCCGAGGUUCAGAGACAAACUAAUAACAUGUCAGGCCGCAAAGAAACUGUACUUGAUCUAGCAAAGUUUGUUGACAAGGGAGUCCAAGUCAAGCUAACUGGUGGAAGACAAGUGACAGGGACUCUGAAGGGAUAUGACCAGUUACUAAACCUUGUGCUGGAUGAAGCUAUAGAAUACAUAAGAGAUCCAGAUGAUCCAUUGAAGACUACCGAUCAGCACCGGCGUCUUGGACUAAUAGUUUGUAGGGGGACUGCAGUGAUGCUCGUAUCCCCAACUGAUGGCACAGAUGAGAUUGCCAACCCUUUUAUCCAGCCAGAUGGAGCUUAGGUUAAUCUUUAUUCAUCCUCAAAUUAACAUCUGUGAUAUAUAAAUCAUGUUUGUUCAUGAGUUGGGGACAUGGGAAGGGGAGAGGGGGAUAAUACUAAAUUUUAAUGCUGUGAAAACUAAUUAAAUCUGAAAUGAAAUGAUAUUGGCAUUCAGCAUUUUAUUUUA